CUAGGGACAAAUGUUGCAGAGCAGCUUGCGAAGGCAGCUCAAGGGCGUUUCCGGGUACUUCUAGUCGAAAGGAACAGCCACUUCCAACAUCUUUUCGCCUUUCCGCGAUAUGCCGUAACAACCAAAGUACCCACAAACAAGGCAUUUAUUCCCUACCAAGCAAGUCGGCUUGGGGAAAAUGGUUCGUUCAUCCAAGCAUCCGCGAUCGGUCUGACGAGCUCUGCCGUACAGCUCGACCGCAAGGUCCUGUUAGAUGGACAACAAGUCGAUAGCAUUCCUUACUUUGCCUUGGCCAUCGCUACAGGCACAAAGCUCGCUCCACCAUCGAACGUUCCCGGUGAGAACAAACUAUCUCGAACGACAUAUCUACGAAAACAUGCGGAGCAAGUCGAGCGCAGUGAGCAGAUCGUCAUCAUCGGUGCAGGCGCUGUUGGUGUACAGAUGGCUCUUGAUGCCAAGGAGCUGUAUCCUGAGAAGAGUAUUACAUUAGUGCAUUCUCGAGAGAAUGUAAUGAAUAAAUUUCACCCCGAUCUACAUAGCGUCGUCAAAGCAAGAGCAGAUGAGUUGGGCGUGAACCUGGUACUGGGUAAAAGAGUCAAGUUACCAAAAGAAGGCUAUCCUGUGGACAACGGCAGAUUUGAUGUGGAGCUAGUGGAUGGGACGAAGAUCCCGACUGAUCUUGCUAUCACCUGCAACGGCAUGACCCCGCAGUCAGAGAUCAUUCGCUCGCUAUCACCGGAUGUCAUCGAUGAGCAAGGCUAUAUUGCCGUUAAAGAUACGCUACAGAUACAAGAUGAUCGUUUUCCCAACGUUUUUUCGCUCGGAGAUAUCGCCGCAACGGCAGCACACAAAGCUGCAAGACCUGCCAUGAAGCAAGCAGAGAUCGUCACCAAAAAUGUCGUUCAUCUCUUCGGCCAAGAACCUCUCGAGAAAUACGAGGUCACAGACCCAGCAGCCAUUCAUCUCACACUAGGCAUCAAGAAGAGUGUCAUCUUCCGUAAUCCAUCGCCGGCUUCUGAUGAUAGGCCCGUAGUAAUGCACAAGGAUGACGGAUCACUAGAUAUGGGUAUCGACGGGGUUUGGGCGAGGAGAGGAGCAGAUAUCUCGAACCCGAAUUUGUAG